AUAGCACAUUACGAGCUUGGUGUUAUUUGCUGAGUGGUAAGGUAGAAACGGCAAGCAUCAAAGGAAUUCUUUCCGCAAUCGUCAGGGGAUAUAUACCAAUCUUCGAAUGCACUGCAGAUACUGAACUGCAAAUCGUUUCAACUAUAAUAAACUUUUGUCAACAAAAUAACGAGUACCAACUGUAGCAAUGAAAGACAACUAAUUUUCUUCAGAAACAACGAUUUAUCUGAGCAAAUUUUUAGUUUGUUGAGACCUUUAAAGGAUAUAACAAUGGAGUGUAACCAAAAGGAAAGAGAGACUGGAUGUUACAAAACCAGAAUGAAUAUGUCUUAUCGAUGUUUUGUGAUCUUCAGCGUGUUUUUGUUGAUAUCAAUACCGAACAAGACAGAUGCUACAUGGAUGUGGUUAGGAGCAGCAUCUUUAGGAGCUACAAUGGUUGGUCAUGAUACCAUUCCAGACCAGUCUGUUACUCAACCUCCAUCAAUCAAUAAUAUCUUAGUCGAUCCUCAUACACUCUGUCAAAGAUUUCCUGGACUCACUGUUGAACAGCGGAGAGUAUGUUCUACUACACCUGAUAUCAUCAACAUGAUUAGUGAAGGAGCUAAAGUUGGGAUUAUUGAAUGUCAACGUCAAUUUAGCACUGAGAGAUGGAACUGCUCCGUUAUUGGUGACGUAAACAAUCCGUUUGGAGAGAUUAUGAAUACAGGCAACAAAGAGACUGCAUUUAUCUACGCUAUCACAUCAGCAGGAGUGGUAUACUCUGUAACAAGAUCGUGUAGUGUUGGUAAUCUUACAGAGUGUGGAUGUGCAUCACCUCACGGUCGUCCGAGUGAUGGUGUCGUGGGUGAAGAUGAGGAAUGGAAAUGGGGAGGAUGUACAGAUGACGUCGAUUAUGGAAUAAAGUUAGCCAGGAAGUUUGUUGACGCUGCCGAUGAAGACUCAUCAUCGUCGCCUUCGCCCCCGCCGUCUUUAGCUAAGGGUCGUACAUUGACUAUCAAGCCUGGUGUACAUGAAAUGAAUCUACAUAACAACGAAGCAGGCAGACAGGUCAGUAGAAAUUAUUUCUUAUUAUUAACAGUGAUAGCACUGAUAAAAAUAAAAAGGAACUAUAUUCAUACAUUUUUAUUUUCAAAAUAGCAAAUGUUGAGUGGAUGACGUAACGCAAGUUC